UACUAAUGGCGCAUCCUGCUUAAGUGCGCCAUCAGUAGUUGUAACUACUAAUGGCGCACCAGGUAGUGGGUGCGCCAUUAGUAUCCAAGAUGUUCUACUCGCACCAGCUCCUCGCGCGGAAGGCGCCGCUCGGCCAGAUAUGGAUGGCCGCCACGCUCCACGCCAAGAUCAACCGCAAGCGCCUCGACAAGCUCGACAUCAUCAAAAUCUGCGAGGAGAUCCUGAACCCGUCGGUGCCCAUGGCACUCAGGCUCUCCGGGAUCCUCAUGGGCGGCGUGGUGAUCGUGUACAAGAGGAAGGUGAAGCUUCUCUACGAUUAUGUGUCCCGUCUUCUGAUUGAGAUCAACGAGGCAUGGAAGAUCAGGCCGGCCGUGGACCACACCGUCCUCCCCAAGGGCAAGGCUCAAGCCAAGUAUGAAGCAGUAACACUGCCAGAGAACGCGGUGGAUAUGGAGGUGGAGCAGCCCGUGUUUUUCACAGAUACUGAUACUACUAGGUUCCGCGGAAUGGUAAUCGUUGUCAUCUGUGUAUUCUGGAAGUUGAAACUGUGUUAGUCUAUUGUAUUCGGAGACUAAUAUGAUGAAUUGUAUUCAAAGACUAAUCUUCUAUUGUAUUCGAUGAAUCUGUUGUUGA